AUGGAAACGUCACAAGAGCUAAACUUUAUCAAUCCCUUAGCCUCUAAACACGAAGCAGAAGAUCCAAUCCUACGGCUAUCUUCUUCUUCUUCUUCUUCUUCUUCUUCCUCCUCUUCUUGUUCUUCCAUAGAAGCAGCACCAAGACCUGAUGAUCAAUCUCCUCCAACACAAAUCAUGGAGAGAUGUAUAAACAACGCAACCUCAACACCUCCUUACAGAAUCCCUCCACACGUUUUCGAAAUAACAACCUCUACAGCUCCAGCUGAAUGGAGCACUCUCUCCAACGAAUCUCUCUUCAGCAUCCACAUGGGAGACAAUACCUUCACUGAAGAAAUAGAUUACUUCAAAUCAGGCGAGCUCACCUUUCCUCAACCUACUUCACCGAGAACUCCUACUUUACCUUCUCCUCCUCAAAGCAAAAACCAAGGAGGAGCAAGUGGAGUUGUGGAGGAGGUCAAAACUCUGGUGGAUAUAGGCAAGAAAGCAGACAAAGCUUACCACGCAAGUAAAGACCAAGAACAAAAGGCUGCAUCAAGUAUUAGAGAUGUUCUCAUGGCUAAUAAAGACAACAACAACAAAACCAAUAAACUAGAUCAUUCGGUUUCUCGUCGGUCGGAAGAUUUUAGCGUCAAGUCUUUCGCUUUUCCAGUAUUCGGGAAUGAAGAUAAGGGUGGAUUACAAAGCUCAACGCCACAAAAGAAACAGAAGAUUUCGUUAGAGGCUGAGGGAGACGAAGGGUUUAAGAAAGAGGAAGCUCCUAAACCUGUUACUACUCCUAAAGCAGAGGCUGAUCGUGGCUGUAAUCGCUACCCUAGAUGGUUAUCUUGCUUCCCUUGCUGCACAACUUCAUGUGUCUAA